AAUGAGAGGAUCUUGAGAGGAGCCACCACAACAAAGGAACCUCUCCAACAGUCCGGCAACCACCGGCUUCAAUUUCAAUUUAAUUUUUUUUUACCUUUGUCCUCUACAUCCAUGGCUGCUUAGUGCCUGAAACUUUUUGGACUGAUACAUUUUGGUGGAAGAGGGGGGGCCCUCAAGAUUUGGGAAGAUGGAAGACUUUUUAAGGAAUGGGACAAUACAGCUGUUGGUUUUGAUUCUACUGCACUUCGCCGCCACUCAAGCUGCUCAUUCCAUCGAUGUUCUCCAAGUGCUGGGGCUGUCGGAGAACAUGGAGGGGGUGUCCUUGCACCCCGGUCUCUGCGGCAACCGUAAAGAGGCCUUCAAAAUAGACCACAAAGUCCAGCUCAGUGCUCCCACGAAACAAUUCUUCCCUGAUUUCACAUUCCCGGUCAAUUUCUCCCUGAUGGCCACCGUGCGAGCCAGAAAGGGAUCGCAGUCGUUCCUACUGUCUGUGUAUGAUGAGCACGGACUGCAGCAGCUGGGGCUCGAAGUGGGCCCUUCGCCCGUCUUCCUGUAUCGGGCCGCCAGGCAGCCGGAAACAUAUCCGGCGUUCCAAGACGUCAACCUGGCCGAUGGAGAGUGGCACAGGAUAGCUUACAGCGUACAAGGCCAGUCCGUUAGCCUCUUUUUGGACUGUCACAAGGUAAAGACGCUAAAGCUAACACGUGGAGACGACGCCACCGCCGUCAGCACGGAGGGAAUCGUCGUAUUCGGAUCACGACUACUGGAUGAAGGUGUAUUUGAGGGAGAAAUUCAACAACUGCUGAUUGUCGAUGACCCCCAGGCAGCUGCCGCUUACUGUAUCGACUACAUGCCAGACUGUGAAUCCGCUUUGCAACACAGCACCCAAGACCUGGACCUUCAAGGGAAGUCCCAACUGGAAGAACAACAAGGCAAAGAAGGCAGGAAGGCCAGAAAGAACAAAAAGAAGCGGGACCGAGGCAAACGUAAAGGCAAAGGGAAAGGGAAGGGGAAGAAGAAGAAGGGCGGAAGGAAGAAAAAACUCCAGGAGGAGAAUUCUUUGGAGGAUGGCUUCAUCGGCGUGUCUACGAUGCUUCCCGAGUAUCUCUCCCAAGAACCGUUUUUGGACACAAAAAGCGCCGAAGAAACGGUCAGUCCCACUCAGGUGUACGAGGACCAGCCCCUUGUGGAGAUGCCAAUGGAAGAACCGUUGACGGAAGCCCCCACAGCGGGCGCCGUCGUAGCCGAAUCUCAAAAUCAUAUUGAGGAGAUAGAGACGGGAAAGAGCAGAGAGGUGGAGAAUGGCAACGACCUUUACGGCAACCUUGAUGCCCUCGCUGUUUCCAUAGUAACAGCGGGUGUAAAUAUGACUGAAUCUGAGGUCCUCGAACACGACGACUACAAUAACACCAAAUCCGAGUAUGAGGAGUACGAACUAUACGACGAAGGCUACGAUUUUGCAAUGCGGGAAGGAGCCGAGACUUGGGAAAGAAAAGCAAGAGUACCGAUGGAAAAAGGACAGAAGGGCGAGCCUGGAGUGUUUGAGCCGGGUGCACUAGUGGAAGGACCGGCCGGCCUGCCAGGAAUGGAGGGACUCCCUGGUACAGUUGGACCAAUUGGGCCCCCGGGACCCGGGGGAGACCCGGGUGAAAUGGGUCCCCCAGGACGUACCGGUCUUCCUGGGGUUGAUGGAAUUCCAGGUCCACCAGGAACCUUGCUGAUGCUCCCUUUCCAGUACCGAAGCGAUUCCCAAAAAGGACCGGCGGUGUCUCCUCAGGAGGCCCAAGCGCGAGCUAUUAUUCAACAGGCCCAGCUGUCUAUGAAGGGGCCCCCGGGUCCGAUGGGUCUUACAGGGCGACAGGGCCAUCUGGGUUCUCCGGGCCCAACCGGCCACAAAGGAAACUUCGGUGACCCCGGACCGCCGGGUCCUCAAGGAUUGCCAGGACUUCAAGGAGGUAAUGGAAAACCAGGAAAAAGGGGACAUGCUGGAAUAGAUGGAGGACGUGGAGCUCCAGGUGAAACUGGUGUGAAGGGGGAUCGAGGUUUUGACGGCCUUCCAGGACUGCCGGGAAACCAGGGACACAAAGGGGACAGAGGAAAACCUGGUCCUCAAGGGCCUGCCGGAGAGCCGGGAGAAAAGGGACCAGAUGGACCUAUUGGCCCAAGUGGACAACCGGGUGAACCUGGUCCACGAGGUCUUGUUGGCUCCAGAGGGCCACCGGGACCGGUCGGCCAACCGGGUGUCCAAGGAGCAGAUGGAGCGGAGGGGUCAAAGGGAAACCAGGGUCCACAUGGAGAAAUUGGACCUUCAGGACAACAAGGAAAUCCUGGACCACAGGGAUCGCCCGGCUCCCAGGGUCCCAUCGGGUUGCCGGGAGAGAAGGGUCCCCAAGGGAAGCAAGGCCUGCAAGGUUUACCAGGAAUUGAUGGACAACCUGGUCACCCAGGAAGAGAGGGACCCCAAGGGGAGAAAGGCGACCAAGGAGCGCCAGGUGCCCUGGGGCCAAUCGGGUACCCCGGGACCCGCGGAGUCAAGGGAGCAGAUGGCGUCAGAGGUCUAAAAGGUGGCAAAGGGGAGAAGGGAGAAGAUGGCUUCCCUGGCUCCAAAGGUGACAUGGGCCUCAAGGGAGACAGGGGGGACAGUGGGCCCCCAGGUCCUCGUGGAGAGGACGGAACGGAAGGGUUCAAGGGCCAACACGGAGCUGUAGGGGAUAUCGGAGCUCUUGGGAUUGCCGGGGAGAAGGGUCACCUUGGAGUGCCAGGACUGCCAGGUUACCCAGGACGUCAAGGGUCAAAGGGGUCUCUUGGCUUCCUUGGUGGUCUCGGAGCCCCAGGAGAGAAAGGACGGAGGGGUCCAGCUGGCCAGCCUGGAUCCGGAGGCCAAAGAGGUCCUAAUGGGGCCCGAGGAGGAAGAGGAGCCAGAGGUCCCACUGGGAAGCCUGGAGAAAAGGGUUCUUCCGGACAAGAUGGCUCUCAAGGAUCCCCUGGAGAACAGGGUCCUCGAGGCCCGCAGGGAAUGCACGGUGAAACAGGAACAAAAGGACCAAAUGGUCCACCUGGAAAAGAUGGCAUUCCAGGUCAUCCUGGCCAGAGAGGGGAGCCAGGAUUCCAAGGCAAAAAUGGCCCCCCUGGUCCCUCGGGUGUUGUCGGACCACGGGGAAAGACGGGUGAAACAGGGCCAACUGGCGACAGAGGUCAUCCGGGUUCACCGGGACCGCCAGGUGAACAUGGAUUACCUGGAUCGGCUGGAAAGGAGGGAGCCAAGGGAGACCUGGGCCCACCAGGAGCACCAGGAAAGAGUGGCCCUUUAGGGACCCAGGGAUUUAGAGGGAGCAGAGGGAUGCCAGGCGCACCGGGUCCUGCAGGCUUAAAAGGAGGAGAGGGUGUUGCUGGUAUUGCGGGACUCAUUGGUGCCAAUGGAGAGAGGGGACCUGCUGGGCCAGCGGGUGGUAUUGGCCAGCCAGGACGGUCCGGCAGUGUGGGCCCAGUGGGGCCAAUGGGAGAGAAAGGCGAACCAGGAGAAAAGGGACCCAGCGGGCCAGCUGGGCAUGAUGGAGAACAAGGACCAGUUGGACUGCCAGGACCCGUGGGACCAGCUGGGCCUCCGGGCGAGGACGGAGACAAGGGUGAAACAGGAGGGCCGGGCCAGAAGGGAAGCAAGGGAGACAAAGGAGAAGCAGGACCUCCAGGACCCAUUGGAAUUCAAGGACCCCCAGGCCAGCCAGGAGUGAUUGGGGCGGAUGGUGAGCCAGGGCCUCGUGGGCAACAGGGAAUGAACGGACCCAAAGGCGAUGAAGGACUCAGAGGCUUUAAAGGAGCAACUGGCCCGACAGGCCUACAGGGAAUGCCAGGACUGCCAGGGGAGAAAGGAGAAAGCGGGCAUGUGGGCUCUCUGGGACCUCCAGGACAGCACGGACCCCGAGGACCCCAGGGACUAAUUGGUGCAGAGGGCACAGCGGGAAUGCCAGGUGGAGUUGGUCAACCUGGACCUACUGGAGAAAAGGGUGAAGACGGCGAGGCCGGGAACCCGGGACCAGUUGGCGAGUCUGGCGCUCCUGGUAUUAAAGGAGAGAUAGGGGAGAAGGGUGACUCUGGACUAGCUGGGGCAGCAGGACCUCCAGGAAUUAGAGGACAACCAGGAGAAGACGGAUCUAAGGGCAAUAUUGGGCCUGUUGGAUUCCCAGGAGAUAUAGGACCCCUUGGAGAAGUUGGUGUCACUGGACAAGAUGGCGGACCUGGACCUAAAGGUGAUGACGGAGACACAGGCAAAGCGGGACCCCCAGGAGCUUCUGGGGAGCCAGGUCCUCCUGGACCUCCUGGACGAAGGGGUCACUUGGGCGCUGCGGGACUGGAAGGCAAGCAAGGAAUGAAAGGCGCCAAGGGAACAAUAGGUACCCAGGGUCCUGUGGGUAAGACUGGCCCUGUGGGGCCGCAAGGCCACCCAGGGAGAUCGGGUCCAGAUGGACUUCACGGCAUCCCAGGCCCUGCGGGUGAGCAAGGGUUACCUGGUCCACAAGGACAAACUGGACCACCUGGGCCAAUGGGACCACCGGGACUUCAAGGAUUGAAGGGGGUCCCCGGAAUAGAUGGCGAAAAAGGUCAUGGUGGGAUGCUUGGCCUAGUGGGACCUCCGGGAGAACCUGGUGAGAAGGGUGACAGAGGCCUGCCUGGUAUUGACGGAGCACCCGGGCCUAAAGGAGAUGAGGGUGUGACUGGCGUAGCUGGUCCCACUGGACCACCAGGACCGACUGGUCUAUCAGGCGCUGGCGGAGAAAAAGGAUCCAAGGGCAACAUGGGUGCCAUUGGUUCCAAAGGAGAUCCGGGCCCUAUUGGCCUUCCAGGACCCCCAGGACCCGCCGCGACGGUGGUUCAACCGCUGCCGAUCCGGGAGGGCAGGAAGAAGAAAAGACGAAACUCAUCUGGAGAGGAGCAAGCGCUGAUCAAUAUGGAAGACUAUCUACAAGCAGAUCAACCUUUAGGAGGAGAGGAUGGAAUGGAAGAAGUCUUUGCCACUCUUUCAUCCAUGAAAACCGAGGUGGAGCUGAUGAGGAGACCUUUGGGGACCUUUGAGAGCCCGGCACGCACCUGCAAGGAGCUCAUGAUGGUUCAGCCAGAUUUCAAAGAUGGAGACUACUGGAUUGAUCCUAACCAAGGCUGCAACCGAGAUGCCCUCAAGGUCUACUGCAACUUCACAGCUGGUGGAGAUACUUGCCUGGACCCCGACAAGAAGAUCGAAAUGGUGAAAUUAGCAUCGUGGAACAAAGAGAAACCGGGAAGCUGGUACAGUCAAUUCAGAAGAGGCAGGAAGUUCUCUUACGACGACAUGGAUGGCAACACCGUACAAGUGGUCCAGCUGACCUUCCUUAAACUACUGAGCGCCACGGCAAAGCAACGCUUCACAUACACGUGCCAGAACUCGGCGGGGUGGUAUGACGCCACGUCGGACUCCUACCGCCACGCCGUUCGCUUCCGUGCCGGCAAUGACGAAGAGCUGACGCAAGCCAAAAGCACCUUCAUCCGCGUCGUGUACGACGGAUGCCAGGUACGCAAAGGUCAGGAAAGUACCGUUCUGGAGAUAGACUCUCCCUCGUCUGAGCUGCUACCCAUUAUGGAUGUGUCGGCAACAGACUUUGGCAACAGCAACCAAAAGUUUGGAUUUCAAGUUGGACGGGUGUGCUUCACUGGCUGAAACGAUGACAACCACCAGGGAGAAGAACAAAAAAAAAAACAAGACCACUGAACACUGCAAAACCAAAGGAACGCGGAUUUUAUCACUGCCCCCAGCAAUAUUUAUUGUUAUAUUUUGUUGUAUAUUAUUUAAGACUUUCUUCACAGCCCAUGUUGGGAAUUCCUUUGGCAUUACAACGAGACGAACGAAAACAUUCAUCACUUGCAACAAAGCACCAAAGGGAAAUAAGAUGUUUAUUGUUUUGUUUUGUUUUUCCUCCAUUUCCUUCAACUUCAAAUGUUCCUGCGCCGGGAUGAACUUACGAGCUACCAAAUAUUGUCAAAGACUGAAACCGAGUAAUUCCCAGACAUCCAUUUGCAUGCCGCCGGGUUGCCAUACUGACGAUUGCUUAUUGCACGUCAAACUUAAUUCUACACCUAAACAAUUCUUCAUUUUCUCUUUGUAGGAACGAUGAAUCGUUUUGUUUACCCUUCAAGCGUAGUUUGCUAAAACGUGAUUAGCAUUUAGUAUUUAGCCUUCUCCAGAACUGACUGCUUGAUUUCUUAUUGCGUUUAAGUCCUAAUUCACAAAUGUGUGUUCCCGCACGUACUGUAUUUGUCUCCUCGCUGCGAGGACGUUCCAGGGCAAGAAUUAAGAGCGUGCCGAUUAAAACCACUCCGCCAUGCUCUGUUAUACCAAGAGACAUGUCAUGCAACUCAGAGCGUCACUCGCAGGCAUUUGUUUCUCUGGAUUAUUUAUAUAUUGGAAUAUGAACGUGUUAUUUGUUCUUCGCCGGUGCUAUUUUUUGUUUUGUUUUUGUGCCUCUGGAUCACAGGAAGGGGAGGGGGAGUGGUAUUGCUCCUUCAGCAGAAAGAAUCACCCUCUGAGGGAGGCUGGGGACGACUGCUGAGGCGAGGGGGGGUGGGGGGUGAGAAGGGGUUGGUGAGGGUCGGGGUGCGUUGCACAUCUUCUGGCUGAUUGUGCCAAUUUCACAGGGCCAGGGAAGGUCGCUGGGGACAUGUCAGUGCAGUGUGGCUUGCAGCUUUAAAGGGAAACUCCACUCUUGCAUUGAACUUGUCGUGGAAUAUUUGAUAAGCAUGAAAGGAGGGUUCCAGAUGAAAACCAGCCGAGGCUACAUUUAAAGUAGGGCAUGGUUGAUUAAAUUAGAUUAGCAAUUUUAAAAUGAUUUUUGCUGGGUUUAUUUUAGGUUCAUUACGACAUAGGACAAAGAUAAUGACAUUCAAACGGUGCCCCUGAUAUUAAUAAAAACUAAUAAAAACAAAAAAAUUAAUUAACUAGAAAAUAAAAAUUGGCCAAUAAAUUGGUUACCGGAUUAAUUCUGAGAUUUAAUUGGGACC